CCUGAUCAUCUUCAACCUGGGGACUUCUUCAUUUCUGUCUCUGAUUCAACCUCAUCACACACUUGCAUUUUCGAUCAGAUCACAGAAUUUCAAUCUCGCUCACGCCCAGGGUACUGUAGCCAAGGGGCAUGCUUCAAAUCUUUGCUCUAGUUUUCUCUUCUGCGUUGACCUCAUCAACGUCCUCAGAGUGAUAACGGCCAAAUAUGAGCUGGACGAGUCUCCUUUGACGGCCUUCAAAUCUCCCAGUGAUCUGACUGGGCGAAUCUCUCUAUCGGGCCUCCAUGACCGACUUAUUCUCACUGCUGUUGGAGACCCACUAGCACCCCAUCUUGUCUGACCGGUGCCUUCAAAUUGAUGCCACUUCCCACAAUUUCUGAAUCUGAUAGAGUUGGCCUGCUCCUGGGCGGAAGAUCAUGACUAAUGCCGCUCCUCUUCCCGGGCGGGAUGGCAAGAAACGAAAGUACAACCACAACCCUUUGAUGAAGGUGGGCUCUCAAUCCAUCAACCAAGACGGAUCCUCGUACCAAGUCAUCCGUCCAACGACCCUCGCUCAGCGCCCUCUUGUUUUCCAGCCAGUCAAUUCCACCACGAGCAAAGCACGCUUGCCAACACCGACUCUGCCGACCGACAGUAAUCUCGAGCCUGGAGCCCAUGUGAAUCGGCAUUCUGGUCCUACGUCUGUGUCUCAGACCUCGCACAUCCCCCGAGGCACCGAGGGCGAGCAGUCUGGCAAGAAAGCAUUCACUCAAGACUCAUUCGUGGUAAACACAGUAGGCUACGAUGGCAUGGAGCUAGGGGAAAGACCCUCCGCCAAGCGACGGAGGCUGCAGAUGGAGUCCCAGAGAAGAAUAUUCCGGCCCAGCAGACCAAUAAAGAUCUCCCCCAUGGUCAACAGCGAUAUUUGGCAAAUUAUCUUCAGUUAUUGCGAACCUAAGCUCUUGGUCGAAGCGAAAACUCUGAGCAAGGGCUUUUGCCAGCUCUUGAAUGAUCGCAUGGGGAUUUGGAAACAGAGCCGACAGAACUAUUUUGGCAGAGAUAUGCCCGACUGCCCUCGAGACAUGACGGAGCAACAAUACGUUGAUCUCCUUGUGCGAAGAGGGUGCCAGAAUCGAGACUGUCCCAAAGACAACACGACCAGGGUGUAUUGGACUUUUCAGGUACGACUUUGCCUGGAUUGCUUCAAGGCCAAAACACUCAGGGUAUGCAUGCACGCCGCUUGAUUGAUGAUAUUUGGCUAUCUGACUCACCUGUCUAGGCCGAUGAACUACCAUCUCACCGGAGGCAUCUUAUUGCCGAAACUAACGAUGACGAAACGGCGGGAAGACCGUUGUGGGACUUGCUGCCCCUUGGCCGGAGUGAUGGGAGGAGGUAUUUACAACCGAGGCAGGUGGAUCAAUCUACCAACGAAUGGGCCACCACGCAUGUAUUGCGGCAGUAUGUGUUUUUGAGGUCGGCGUAUACACAGCUAGAAUUCGAGUAUCUUGCUCUUGUUCAUGGUGGAGCACAGUGGGCUGAAGUGAAGGAGUGGGCCGACAACAAACAUAACCGGAACAUGGAGUAUAUGACUCGCGCCAUCGAGCUCGAUUCAUGGCAAAAGAGCCAAGUGUCUUUGUCGGAGAACCGGCUGGUUCGGAUGAGAAUAGACUACUUUGAAGACCGCGCGGCUGAGCUCGACCCACCCAUGGAAGAACACAUUCUGGUGAGAAUGGCGGCAUAUCAUAAAUGUUUGAGGGUGCAAGCAGCGCCGACGGAACGUUCCUGGAAGACACUCCAAGACAAAAUCCUACCCUACAGAGCGCAAGCGGAGAUUGUGGAGAAAUAUCGCAUGGACAUGAGGUCGCUGUCGGUACUUGUCAGAACACCGGCCAAGGUGUUGCACGCACGAUUGCGUGACCAUCGAUGGGACCGCAGAAUUGAUCCUCCUACUCAACCGGAACAAGACUAUGUUCUACGCCUCGCUCGGAGAGAGUUCCAAAAAUGUAUCGAGGCCAAGGUAGCGGAUGCCGACCUACUUCUUCGCUGCCUUCAGCAGGUGUUUGACGAGCACGCCAAGAACCCAAAUCCACCACAGGGUCUCAACUACAACGGGGAUAUCGGACCUUAUCUACUCAGCCUUGACGAUGCUCGCAUGAUCGUCGAGGAGGUAAUUGAGAAGCAGAUUCCGAAAGAGUCCGUCCGUGGCAUGGCAGUGCUACAGUCCUUGAGAUGUCGAGGAUGCCGGCGAGUCGACUUUGUCAGGAGUUUCUCAUUUGUUGAGGCGUUUGAACAUAUACUGGAGAGCCACUCGAUAUACGUGGGUAAAGGGCUGGAAUUUUGGCGUUUUGCCAUCCCUUAUGGAGACCCCGACAGAUGGUCAAGCUUGAGUAUGCGGGACAAUUCCCGGUUCCCAUGGUAUACGGCGGCAUGGCCCAGGUGUCUUCCGCUGGUACCGGGCUACUAUGACAUCUCCACUCUGGAGGACUGGCAUCCUUCCAGCACGGAGACCCUUCUGCCUCGAUCUGCCCGGCCGUCCCGUUCUCUUUUCGAGCAACUGACUCCAAAGGGCGUGGGGAUCUCUCCUUCAGAGAUGGGAUCCAACAUGGUGCACGCGGCCAAAAUCCUUCGCGGGGUCAGACUGGAAAGCGAGUGUCAAAUGGCCAUCAUGCUCAAGUACGCGGGUGACCUCCAUCGUCAAACUGGCGCACCAGACCCGCCCGUCUCAGUGCUAGCCGAUGCUUUGGAAGGCAUCCGAGAGGCCAACUCUCGGAUUGAUCUUCGAUUCCGAUGCAAUGCUUGCCUGGGGGCGGUCAUUGGUCAUCGGAGCGUCAAGAACACUAAAACCAAAUUGGCGAUAGAGAAGCUCCUGGUGCACUGGCAGGACAAACACGGGGACCUCGGUCAAUCAUGGAUGAGUACGUUGAUGGUGCUUCCAACCGAGGUGGAAGUGACACGCCAGGUUGAGGAAUCGGAUCGGAAGCUGGAGGCAGAAAAACAGGCAAUGCAGGCGCGAAAUGCCAAGCUGGCAAAUGCGAUCAAGAAAAGACCAAAGUUGAAGGAGCAAGUGGUAAUGAAUGCACGAACGGCACACGAGGCGGUUGAUGAGUUGUUCAUCGCGGUUGAUGCCAGUUGAGGAUGCGCCUCGCCAAUGAGUGAAGAACAAGCAGACAGUGAACAGCAUCAGCCAGAGCCACUCUGACUCUUGAGGCUGAGGAGUCUAGGUCCAUUUGAAGCGCUUCGCAUGUUGGCUGAUGUGAAAAUCAAGGCUACGAAAUUAGAUGACAUGAAAUUGUGAAUACCAGCGUCGGCGUUGGUAACGAAUUCAAGGUGCAUGGAGUAUGUCAAGUUUUGCUUCGACACGGGUUGUCGAUUAUUGGGAUAAAUGAUCCUCGUGAUCGGACAAGGCAUGGGUAUUAUUUUGCAGGAGGCCAGGCUCCUUGCUAUUUAAACAUACAAUACAG